AUGGCGUCGUCCCACAUCAUCCUGCCCAAGGAGGAGGAGGAGGCGGCGGCGGCGGUGGCGGAGGCCGGGUUGGGCGUGGCGGUGGAGGCGGACCACGACUCCCCGGCGCAGCGGCCGUACCAGGAGCAGGCGCCCGGGAAGGCGGCGCUGCCGUUCUCGGCAACGUGCGUCCGGAUCUCCCGCGACUCGUACCCGAACCUCCGCGCGCUGCGGAACGCGUCCACCAUGACACUCCACGAUGACGACGCCGCCUUUGUCAAGAUCGAGGAGGGCGACUACGGAUACGUGCUCGACGACGUCCCGCACCUCACCGACUACCUCCCGGACAUCCCCACUUUUCCUAAUCCUUUGCAAGAUCAUCCAGCGUAUUCAACUGUCAAGCAAUAUUUUGUCAAUGCAGAUGAUACAGUCCCUGAAAAGGUGGUUGUUCAGAAGAACAGUCCGCGAGGAGUUCACUUCCGUCGUGCUGGACCUCGUCAGAGGGUGUAUUUUGAGUCAGAAGAAGUGAAAGCUUGCAUUGUAACCUGUGGAGGCCUUUGCCCUGGGCUCAAUACUGUCAUCAGAGAGUUGGUGUGUGGCUUGUCCCACAUGUACACCGUUAGCAAUGUCUUUGGAAUACAGAAUGGGUACAAGGGGUUCUAUUCGAGCAAUUAUCUUCCCAUGACACCAAAGAGUGUGAAUGAUAUCCACAAACGAGGUGGUACAGUUCUUGGAACAUCACGGGGUGGCCAUGAUACCAAAAAGAUCGUUGACAACAUUCAAGAUCGUGGAAUUAAUCAGGUGUACAUUAUAGGAGGAGAUGGAACUCAGAAGGGUGCAUAUGAGAUUUACAAGGAAAUUCGGAGACGUGGUCUACAAGUAGCUGUUGCUGGUAUUCCCAAGACUAUUGAUAAUGAUAUAGCGGUUAUAGACAAGUCAUUUGGUUUUGAUACUGCUGUAGAAGAAGCCCAGCGUGCCAUCAAUGCAGCUCAUGUGGAAGCUUCAAGUGCUGAAAAUGGGAUAGGGUUAGUGAAGCUUAUGGGUCGCUAUAGUGGGUUUAUUGCCAUGUAUGCUACUCUUGCAAGCAGAGAUGUGGACUGCUGCUUGAUUCCCGAGUCGCCCUUUUAUUUGGAAGGGGAGGGUGGACUAUUAGAGUAUAUAGAUAGGAGGUUGAAGGAGAACAACCACAUGGUUAUUGUUGUGGCGGAGGGAGCUGGACAGGAUCUUAUUGCUCAAAGUAUACCGGCUGCAGAUCAGCAAGAUGCAUCUGGAAAUAAGCUGCUUCUUGAUGUUGGUCUCUGGUUGACUCACAAGAUUAAGGAUUAUUGCAAGAGCAAGAAGAUGGAGAUGACUAUUAAAUACAUAGAUCCAACUUACAUGAUCCGUGCUAUUCCAAGCAAUGCAUCAGACAAUGUCUAUUGCACACUGCUCGCACAUAGUGCCAUUCAUGGUGCAAUGGCAGGAUACAGCUUUACAGUCGGAAUGGUUAAUGGCAGGCAUGCAUAUAUACCAUUUCAUAGGGUAACAUCUACAAGGAACAAGGUGAGGAUAACUGACAGGAUGUGGGCGAGGUUGCUGUCUUCAACCAACCAGCCGAGUUUCCUGAGCCAGAAGGACAUCGACGCUGCCAGAGAAGCCGAUAAGGUGGCCAACCGCGUGAAGAGCGGAGAGGAUGCGAAGAACCAAUCUGCACCAGUGUUGGCAAAUGGUGAGAAAUAG